GACGGCCGUGACGGCCUUCUGCGCCCCCUGGGGCAGCGGGGCGGCGGCGGCGGCGCGGGGCGGCGCGGCAGGUUAUUCAACAAUAGUUAUGAACUCCCGUUUACGAGCCUUAGGUGGGAGGAUAAAUAACAUACGAGCAUCAGAGCUACCAAAAGAGAAAACCCGAUCAGAGAUAAUCUGUCACGUCCACUUUUUGGAUGGCUCAGUACAAAGCUUCAAAGUCAACAAACAAGACACUGGACAGAUUUUGUUGGAUAUGACCUAUAACCAGUUGGGUGUGACGGAGAAGGAAUACUUUGGUUUACAGCAAAAUGAAACUUCAGUAGAUUCACCUCGAUGGCUUGAACCAAGCAAACCUAUUAGAAAACAGUUAAAAGGAGGUUUUCCCUGCACCCUUCGUUUUCGUGUAAGGUUUUUUAUACCUGAUCCGAACACACUUCAGCAAGAACAAACCAGGCACUUAUUCUUUCUGCAAUUGAAGAUUGAUAUUGCAGAAGGAAGGUUGUCAUGCCCCAUUAGUUCUGCUGUUGUCCUGGCAUCGUAUGCAGUACAAUCACAACUUGGAGACUAUAAUGCUUCUGUGCAUCAUUCAGGAUAUCUCUCAAAUUAUAACUUUAUACCAGAGCAGAACAAAGAUUUUCUUACCAAAGUAGAAUCUCUACAUGAGCAACACAGUGGCCUCAAGCAAUCUGAAGCAGAGUCCUGCUAUAUAAAUAUAGCACGAACACUUGAAUUCUAUGGAGUGGAAUUGCACAGUGGUAGAGAUCUCCAUAAUCUAGAUCUUAUGAUUGGGAUUGCAUCUGGUGGAAUUGCUGUAUACAGAAAACUCAUCUGUACAAGCUUCUAUGCCUGGGUGAACAUAUUAAAAAUUUCCUUUAAAAGGAAAAAGUUUUUUAUACAACAACGGCAGAAACAUAAUGAAUCCAGAGAGCAUAUUGUUGCUUUCAACAUGUUAAAUUACAGAGCAUGCAAAAAUCUUUGGAAAUCUUGUGUAGAGCAUCACACAUUUUUUCAGGCAAAGAAGUCACUACCUCAUGAAAAAAAGAUAUUAUCAAAUUAUUGGACCCUGGGUUCUAGAAAUCCAACAAAGUCUGCAAACAACCAGUACUGCAGAAAAGUGAUAGGAGGGAUGGUUUGGAACCCAUCUAUGAGACGGUCCUUAUCUGUUGAGCAUCUAGAGACCAAAAGCCUUCCUUCUCGAUCACCUCCUGUUACCCCUAAUUGGCGGAGUCCUAGACUACGUCAUGAAAUUCGUAAGCCACGACACUCAUCUGUAGAUAACCUUACAAAUGAGAUUAGUUAUAUCACUGAAACAGAGGAUGUUUUUUAUACAUAUAAGGGCUCUCCCACAUCAAAGGACAGUGAUUCGGAGUUCUCUCAGAACCGCAGUCCGCAGAGGAGGUCAUCUGAACAAGAAUCACCAAAGAAUGUAUUGGAUAACAGUCCAGCGCGAAGUUCUCUGACCCAUAUCUCACCUAAAGCCUUGGCUCAGUCUCCCAAUGGAGUUGGCAACAUUUCUGGCUCUUACCCUUUGGAAGGGGUGGAUAAACAGUUCUUAGAAACAUAUGACAAUGUUACAAAAAGUAGCUCAACAGAAGAUUCCGGUCAGUACUACUGCGAUAAGAAUGACCUAACUGAAGGAGAUUUACUUUUGGUGCGUAUCAUACCAGAUGAAGAUGGAAAGUUUGGAUUUAAUCUAAAGGGUGGAGUAGAUCAAAAAAUGCCACUAGUAGUAUCAAGAAUAACUCCAGGAUCACCUGCUGAUAAAUGCAUUCCAAAGCUGAAUGAAGGUGAUCAGAUAGUAUUAAUUAAUGGCCGAGAUAUCUCAGAGCACACACAUGACCAGGUGGUCAUGUUCAUAAAAGCCAGCAGAGAAUCUCACACAAGAGAGCUUGCACUUUUGGUCAGACGGAAAGUAGUUAAACAGUUUGUGGAAUCCAAAUCAGAAGACGAAGCUGAUUCCCACAAUCUCCCGGAAUGUAUUCUUCCUGUCUGUUCUGAAUAUGGUGGUGAUACACUGGAGGAGUCUAUGGAACAGCUAAGAAGAGGGCUAGAAAGUGGGACUGUCCUUAUUCAGUUUGAGCAACUUUAUAGAAAGAAACCAGGUUUGGCUGUUACAUGUGCAAAGGUACCUCAGAAUAUGGACAAGAAUAGAUACAAAGAUGUUCUACCUUAUGAUGCCACAAGGAUAAUAUUGCGAGGAGAUGAAGAUUACAUUAAUGCAAAUUACGUGAAUAUGGAAAUUCCUUCUGUGGGCAUUGUGAACAGGUACAUUGCUACUCAGGGGCCUCUUCCACACACAUGUGCACACUUUUGGCAAGUAGUCUGGGAUCACAAAUUGUCCCUGAUCAUCAUGUUAACAACUCUUACUGAACGAGGACGGACCAAAUGUCACCAGUAUUGGCCUGAUCCACCAGAUGUAAUGGAAUAUGGCAGCUUUCGUGUCAGAUGCCACUCUGAAGACUGUACGAUUGCUUAUGUUGUUAGAGAAAUGGUGAUUACAAAUGUUGAGACAGAACAACAACACACCGUCACCCAUCUCCAGUAUGUAGCUUGGCCUGAUCAUGGCGUUCCUGAUGACUCCAUGGACUUCUUGGAGUUUGUGACCUGUAUGAGGCCAAAGAGAGUAAAGAAUGAGCCAGUUCUUGUUCACUGCAGUGCAGGAAUCGGUCGUACUGGUGUAUUGGUCACUAUGGAAACAGCCAUGUGUUUAAUUGAAAGGAACCAACCUGUUUAUCCACUGGAUAUUGUAAGAAAAAUGCGAGACCAACGAGCUAUGAUGGUGCAAACAUCAAGUCAAUACAAAUUUGUUUGUGAAGCUAUACUUCGUGUUUACAAAGAAGGAUUGGUUCGACCACUGGAUUCCAGUUAGCACAGCAGUGAAGAAUGAAUUCUUUUUUCACCUAAAAAAGACUGCUCUUUAGUUAAGAAAGGGCUCAUUUCUCAAAGCAACUAGAAUGGACUAGAAGCCCAUGAAAAGACGUAUGAGCACAUUUGAACUGUGGCACUUUAAAUUUCUCAAGAAGAUUGCUAAAUCAUGUACAGUGUAACAAAGUCACGUAGAUAAAUAUAUGACAGUAAUUGUGUGUAAUAUGCUUUAUUCACAUAGAUGACCAUAAACAAUCAUGGAAACCUUAAUACAUAUCUUUUACUGCCUUAAAACACCCUCCACUUUGGAAGUUACAAAAUUCCUUGUAUUUAAUUUGAAAUAGCAAAAAGAAAACUCAUAGUAUUGAAAUGAUUCAGCUUAAGAAGAUAUUUUAAUAUAUUUGUAUUGUAUGAAAGUUCAUUGAAGGUGAAUAUAUGUAAUUUCCUUAUUGGGAUACUAAAUAUUCAAGGAAAUUCAGCCUUGACUACUAAAAGGAUGACGAACAGCUUUAAAGGCUAAUGCAUAACUACUGUACAUUAAGAGCUGGAGAAAUUUAGUAUUCAUUUACCAUAAAUCUAUUAGUGAGUUUACCAGCUGUUAUAAUAUGCUUAGAAAUCACAUCUACUGUAUGUGAUGUGAAAAUAAUGCUGCAUUUAGGCAUUUAUGCAAAUGGUACAGUCUACAUCUUCUGUUGAUCAGUUUUAAUUGCAACUUGCCCUUGUAACAGUGACCUACUUCUUACAGUUUUGGUUAUUGUACUCCUUUUCUUCUGUUUCUGCUGUCCAUCUACUUUAUACUUGUUUUUCAGUCAUGUGGACUGAAAACAUUGUAACUUAAAAUGAGUUUUAAAUCUCUGUCAUGUUUGUUUCCAUGUAUAUUUAUGAGUUCUCAGAUGUAAAUGUGGAUUAAUGCUGCACACAAGUACUAGACUUUUGACUUACUGUAUAUGCAAAGUAGUCUAAUCCAAUACUGGAAGAAAAAUUACUACUGAACCCAUCAAAUAUGUUGCUGCUAUUUCAAGGUGUGAAGCUUACAAGGGCACAGGUGUUGCUAGUGUUCAGACGGUGAUAAAAUGAUGACUUGCUGCCCUCCAGCAAAAAUGCUCUUAUCCAGUGGAACACAGCUCCCUUUUGCAAGAGUUCUGCGGAUUUACUGUGUUUCUUGCUUAUGCAGAAAUGCAGCUAAAUUCACAUGAAGAUUUAUGUGGAAAGAGAGAACAUAUUUGUAUAUCGAUGAAUAAUUCACCCUAAGGUACACUGGUCUCUAUUUCAUUUCAGAUGGGAGAAUUAGACUUUCUGAACAAUAUAACCACAUUUGUAUGAUGUUAA